GGACAUUUUUGGACUGGCACGCUUCCCUUACUCACUAAAGCGUCACGAGUUACAGGAGUGAUCAGGGGGAACUGAGGGGAAAAUGGCUCUAUUCAAUCGAUAUUUAUCGCAAUUCAUGAGCUAAAACAACACCUUUUGGAGGUAACCGGUGGGCCACCAUGGCCAACAUCACGAAGAAAGUGUCGUGGUCGAGCCGAGCGGACGAAUCCGGUGCAGUUGGCGAAGGGACGCCGCUGCUCAACGGCUCUGAGAAGCGGCGACACUCCAGAGAGCCGUCUGGUGGAGGCGCUGUAUUCCAAAUAGGCAGACUGAGCACGGCGGAUUUGGAAGAGGAGAUAACAUCAGAUGAGGAAUCUGUGCGGGGGCGUCCAAAAGAAAUCCCUCAUAAUGAGAAACUACUGUCACUCAAAUACGAGAGCCUCGACUACGAUAACAUUGAGAACCAGUUGUUUUUGGAAGAAGAGAGGCGGAUGAGUCACAUGGGUUUCCGCUGCUUGGAGAUCAGUCGCUGGGUGGUCUGCGGCCUGAUUGGCUUUUUGACAGGCCUCAUCGCCUGUUUCAUUGACAUUGUGGUGGAGCAGCUGGCUGGAAUCAAAUACCAAGUUGUGAAGGAAAAUAUAGAAAGGUUCACAGAGGUGGGCGGCCUAUCCAUCUCGCUCAUCCUUUGGGCUGUCCUCAACUCCACCUUUGUCAUGAUGGGAGCCAUUAUAGUUGCUUUUUUUGAGCCUAUAGCAGCAGGAAGUGGUAUUCCUCAAAUAAAAUGUUACCUGAACGGAGUCAAGAUCCCGAGGGUGGUUCGACUUAAGACCCUGGUUGUGAAAGUGUGCGGCGUUAUCUGCUCUGUGGUGGGUGGACUUGCUGUUGGAAAGGAAGGUCCGAUGAUCCACUCCGGUGCAGUGGUAGCUGCUGGAGUCUCUCAGGGCAGGAGCACCUCUUUGAAAAGAGACUUCAAGAUCUUUGAGUACUUCCGGAGAGACACAGAAAAAAGAGACUUCGUUUCAGCCGGAGCUGCUGCCGGCGUCUCGGCUGCCUUCGGAGCACCAGUUGGUGGCGUUCUCUUCUCCCUUGAAGAAGGAGCUUCCUUCUGGAACCAGAUGCUGACAUGGAGGAUAUUUUUCGCCUCCAUGAUCUCCACCUUCACGUUGAAUUUCUUCCUGAGUAUCUACCACAACAACCCAGGUGACCUUUCCAACCCCGGUCUCAUCAACUUUGGACGCUUUGAGAAUGAAAGCGUGGCCUAUUACCUCUACGAAAUCCCCUUAUUCAUCGCCAUGGGAGCAAUAGGCGGACUGCUGGGGGCUCUAUUCAACGUUCUCAACUACUGGCUCACCAUCUUCAGGAUCAGGUACGUCCAUCGGCCUUGUCUGCAAGUGAUGGAGGCCAUGUUGGUCGCCGCCGUGACCGCGAUGGUGUCAUUCACCAUGAUUUACUUCUCCAACGACUGUCAGCCUCUCGGGCCAGAGCACACGGAGGAGUACCCUCUGCAGUUGUUCUGUGCAGAUGGGGAGUAUAACUCCAUGGCAACAGCCUUCUUCAACACUCCAGAGAGAAGCGUCCGCAGUCUCUUCCACAACCAGCCAGGCUCCUACAACCCGUUGACAUUGGGAAUGUUUACGCUCACAUAUUUCUUCCUGGCCUGUUGGACGUACGGCCUCACCGUGUCCGCCGGGGUCUUCAUCCCAUCUCUGCUCAUCGGAGCAGCUUGGGGGCGACUGUGUGGAAUUCUGCUGGCCGCCAUCUCGGCUUCUGGAUCGAUCUGGGCUGACCCUGGUAAAUACGCCUUGAUUGGAGCUGCAGCUCAGUUAGGAGGCAUUGUGAGGAUGACUCUCAGUUUGACGGUCAUCAUGGUGGAGGCUACAGGAAACGUCACCUACGGCCUUCCCAUCAUGCUGGUCUUGAUGACGGCAAAGAUCGUAGGAGACUACUUUGUGGAGGGCCUGUACGACAUCCACAUUAAGCUGCAGAGCAUUCCCUUCCUGCACUGGGAAGCUCCCGCCACCUCACACUGGCUAACAGCGAGAGAAGUCAUGAGCUCUCCCGUCACCUGUUUGAACAAGGUAGAGAAGGUGGGAACCAUUGUGGACACCCUUAGCAACACGUCGACCAAUCACAACGGUUUCCCUGUCGUGGUGCAAGGAGCGACCAGUGAAGAGCCAGCCAAGCUCUGUGGUCUGAUUCUUCGCUCCCAGCUCAUUGUUCUCCUCAAGCACAAGGUGUUUGUGGAGCUCGCCCGCUCGCGGCUGACCCAAAGGAAGCUCCAGCUGAAGGACUUUCGGGACGCCUACCCGCGCUUCCCCCCCAUUCAAAGCAUCCACGUGUCCCAGGAUGAGCGGGAGUGUAUGAUGGACCUCUCCGAGUUUAUGAACCCGACGCCCUACACCGUUCCACAGGAAACAUCUCUUCCUCGUGUGUUUAAGCUAGUCAGAGCGCUUGGACUCAGGCACCUGGUGGUGGUGGAUGAUGAGAACAGGGUGGUCGGACUGGUGACCAGGAAAGACUUGGCCAGAUAUCACAUGGGAAAACAUGGACUGGAGGAACUUCAGCUGGCCCAGACAUAGCUCACACACACACGCACAGUCUGACAAACGGUGCCAUAAAACAUUCCCUUAACCCACCUUUUGAAUAUCACAAGUGCCUCAUGUGUUGGGUCACAGGGGAUCAGCAUGACAGCCAAACACAUGUACAACUUGGGGCUGUCACCAAAGACCCCCCCCCCCCCCCAAACUCCAUGGAACAACCCAAGUUGUUGUCCGUCUGAAUCAACCCGAUGGCCUUGUUUGCAUCAUUUCAAAGUCCUCAACAUUUCUUUCCAACCCUUUUCAGAUAAUAUUUGUUUGCACCUUCAUAGCAUCAACGUGUCGUUUAUUGUCUUCCCGCUCAUUCAUUGGACGGUACUGCUAGGACAAAAGUAGCUGAUGCUGUGUUUGAAUUUUCUGUUUUCAUUCACUUGCUGUUGUCUGUUGUUUUGCACUGAAAGAAUGCUGUUAUUUAUUCCCAAUGCUUGUUUUUACCGAAUGGUCACAAGAGAGAUUUUGGGUGUCAGAUCCCAUCACUUAAAACUCUUUAGUGUCUUUUAUUAGUUGGCUGAAGAAAUACAUUGCGAGGUACAGAGUCCUACUUUCACAUACAAUACUCUGUGGAAAAAUGACUUAAACAUAAAUUUUUAAAAAUCAUUCAUAGACAUUUGCACUGUGGCUACUACUGAAAGCAACAUUUCACACAGAACGGUAGAAGUAUAAGCUGUUUAUCACAGGAGCAAUCCUUGCAUUAUGAUAACAUGCAGACCGCAAGUACUAAGAUUCAUGAAUAUCAGCAGUGUUACCUUAUUUGUUUUUACACAUCCUGUCUGUUGAAUAGAUCUCCAUGUUUAUAAAUAAAGCCUCUGCUCUGUUUUAUAACCACUGGAUUAGUGAAAUAAAAAAAAAGAUAUAUUGUAUGUGAUUUGUUUGCAAUACUGU